GCAAAUACAUUGGGCGUGGCUUGAUAUUGUGAUAUGAUUGGUUUAAAAACCCUCGUAAUUUAAAGAGGGAAAGCCGACUGCGACAAGGAAACUAACCCCCUGCGGACUCCUCUUUUCUCCCCUACAAAUAUGGCAAGUCUUUGUUAACUUUCACACGACUUCGUCUUCUUCCUUAGCCGCUGGCUUUUUCAAUCCUAUGUCUGCUGCUUUUUGAAAUCUGGAAGAUCCGUUUGUGGACUUUAAUGCCAAUUUGAAAUAUAAUUAUUUCUUCAUUGCAGAAACUCCAUUAAACCCCAUCCCCCAUUCUUCUGCCAAAAGGGGUCACCGAGAAUCUCUAAUUUCUGUGGAAUUGAACUCUAGAGGUUUCAAGUUCAGAGGUUGAACCUUCAAUCUCAAUGGGGGAAGCUCCAGCUUUUGUUGCAGAAUAUGGGGUUGGAGAUCGUGACAGUGGAGUUGCUUUGAAGUCUAACGAAAACAAAGUAGCCAUUGAUAUCGGCAGCAAAACAUAUGUUCUUAGUGGUGGAGCUGAUCAUGAACCAGUGUCAACAAUUGAAGUUCAGAUUUAUGAAAAUUCCAUUGGAAAAUGGGUAAAUCCAGCUGUUAUGGGAACCACCCCCAAGGCAUCUAAUAAGGGCUUCUCAGCGUUUCUUUUAAAUGGUGAAAGGGUAUUGGUUAUCAUGAAAAAGUCAACCCUCUCUGAUAGCUUUUGGUUUCUUGAGGUGAAUACCCCUUUUGUUAGAGAACAACAGAAGAACUUUGAAACAAAAGUGGUAGCCUGGAGCAGAGGAGUAUUAGGUCAUGCUGAGAGGCCAAUUGUUAUCAGUGGUCCUUCUGGAGUGGGAAAGGGAACAUUGAUAUCCAAAUUAAUGGAAGAAUUUCCAUCAAUGUUUGGAUUUUCUGUUAGUCAUACUACCAGGGCUCCUAGAGUGAAGGAACAAGAUGGUGUUCAUUACCAUUUUUCUGAGCGAAGUAAAAUGGAGGAAGAGAUAAGGGAUGCGAAGUUUCUUGAGUAUGCCACUGUUCAUGGGAAUCUAUACGGAACUAGUGUAGAAGCUGUUGAAGUGGUUGCUGAUUCUGGAAAGAGAUGCAUACUUGACAUUGAUGUUCAAGGAGCAAAGUCUGUGAGGGCUAGUUCUCUUGAAGCCAUUUUCAUAUUUAUCACCCCCCCUUCAUUUGAAAAGCUUGAGCAGCGCCUUCGGGCAAGGGGAACCGAGACUGAAGAACAGAUCCAAAAGCGUCUCCGGAAUGCUAAGGAAGAGCUUGAGAAAGGGAAAUCCCCUGGCCUCUUUGAUCAUAUCCUGGUCAAUGAUGACCUUGAGAUUUGCUACCAGUCCCUCAAGGCUAUACUGGGACUUGGUGAAGGCGUCAAGAACCUAGAUAAAACGAGUCCGAAAUUAGCCGACUUGCCCAUGGGGAUUCAUGUGUCAAUUGUUGACCAGAAGAAGAUACAGAUGAACUGUGAUCUUGCAGAAAAGGAAAGCAGUAUGUGUAAAAGGUUUAUUUUGGACUUAUCAUUGCUCAAGGGCGGAGCACCAGGACGAACAAGAGGACUAAACCUUCACGCCAUUGAUUCUCCUUCUACAGAUGCUGAACAACUCUCCUUGCCAAGCUAACGUUUGCAAGACCGGAAGUGAAACCUUAAUCCGUUUCUGGGUUUUUAGUUAUUCUUUUUUUAAUUCAAGUUUUUCUUUUCCAGUGACCAUAAAGAGAUAGGGUUUAGCGGGAUUCUAAUUCGUAAACGAGUGUUUCAGGGUCGUGAAAAUGUGAAUUUUGCAGAUUUAUUUACGUGAUUAUGUCAUGCCACCGGUUCACCAAUUAUUCAUUCAGCCAGAUGAUUCUUUUUUUUUUCC